CAGACACGCUCGCGCGCGCUUGGUGUUGAGAGUUGCCUCGCGACGCGUUCUCAUAGUAUUCAUCUUUUCUUUACGUACGCACUCAUCUCCCUCUGUUCCAUUCCUUCGACCCCCUCCCGCAUCCUCCUGCUACCUGUAUCCUGACCAGCCUUCGAGAUUUACCGACCUGUGCAUGGUGAAUCGCAGCAAUGACGUCCCGGAAGACGCAGCAGGAGAUCGACAAGACCUUCAAGAAGGUUGCCGAGGGUAUUCAAACAUUUGAGGGUAUCUAUGAGAAGAUCCGGUCAACAUCAAAUAUCACGCAACGGGAUAAGCUCGAGGAGAACCUGAAACGGGAGAUCAAGAAGCUACAACGAUAUCGUGACCAAAUCAAGUCAUGGGCAUCAGGAAAUGAGGUCAAGGACAAGGGGCCGCUGCUUGAGCAGCGCAGGGCCAUUGAGACUUGCAUGGAACAGUUCAAGGCGGUCGAGAAGGAGAUGAAGACAAAGGCAUAUUCGAAAGAAGGGUUGUCGGCUGCAUCCAGGUUAGAUCCUAAAGAGAAGGAGAAGGUCGAGACUUGCGACUUCCUAUCGAACAUGGUGGACGAGCUGCAACAAAAGAUCGAAUCCUUCGAAGCCGAAGAGGAAACGCUUCACAUGCAAAUGAAGAAGGGCAAGAAGGAUGUGGCCAAGACGAAUCGCCUGUCAGACCUUUCACGCUUAACAGAUCGCCAUAAGUGGCAUGUCAAUAAGUUGGAAUUGUUGCUACGGUCGCUGCAGAACGGAAACCUCGAAGUCCCUCAGGUGCUGGAUAUCAAGGAAAGUAUCAAGUACUAUGUGGAGGAUGGGCACAACAUUGACUACUCUGGUGAGGAUGAAACCUUGUACGACGACCUGAACCUGGACAACGAGGCAGAGGUGCAGUUCGGCAUGACAGGGGACAACGAUAAGGUAUCCUCGCAAGAUACGCAAUCGAUUCAAGAUGAGGAGCCGGAGAUCAAGCCCAAGGUCAACAAGGGUGAGAGCGCAGGACUUCGAAGGCCAUCUGCACAGAUGAAAUCGCCUCUACCUGUGUUAGCAACACUCCAAUCGUCGACCUCCACGACUGCCGCCUCAGGCAUGAAACCCGCACCACCGCCUACCCGCCUCCCCGGAGAAACACUCAAGUACGCAUCCGCUGCCGCUGCAGCUGCAGCAAGUGACAAGAACGGGGUGGGCAUUGCACCACUUCCGCCACCUCCAGGCGCAAGCCCCGCUUUCCCGCACGCUGUGCCUGCAAACAAAGCUUCAGCCACUGCCUCGCCGAGCGUUGCAUCGGUACAACCUACUUCAUCCAAGCCCGCACCGGUCCUCACGAUAGCGGCGGAGGACAUCACCGGUGCACGAUCAAAAACACCUUCCGUCAGCCCCAACGUGGCUGCUGCGAGCACAUCGUCACAAACAAUGGAGAAAGCGGAGGCCCCAGCAGCUGCCAAGGAGCAGCCCGCGCCGAAUGGUGAGGCGACGAGUAAGCAAGAGGAGCAGGAGAGCGAGGAAUCGAUCUUCCAUCUGCCUCCCGGCCUGCAGGAUCUUAUUCAGUCGUUCGAGGUCACGAGGUCCCGGGCGUCAGCAAGCGCAGCCAACGCGUCCCCGUCAGUGCAGCGCAUGCUUGCAACAUCCCUCGCGAACUGCCCGGAGCCUGCCGAUGCGGAGAAGCCUCGUCAUUACAAGCCUCAGAACCCUUACAAUACGCCUCUAUACUAUCCUCAGGAACCGCUCACUAUCUUUGAUGAUCCGCGCUUGUACGAGACCGGGCGCAUCGACACGGAUACACUGUUCUACCUGUUCUACUACCGACAAGGCAGUUACCAGCAGUAUCUCGCGGCCAAGGCAUUGAAGAACCAAAGCUGGCGUUUCCACAAGCAAUACCAAACCUGGUUCCAACGUCACGAGGAGCCGAAGACGAUCACGGAGGAGUUCGAGCAGGGCACAUAUCGCUUCUUCGAUUAUGAAAGUACAUGGAUGAACCGUCGUAAGGCUGACUUCAAGUUCGUCUACAAAUACCUGGAGGAUGAAUUGUAAUCGAAUGAUGCACAAACAUGAGAGGUCUCUGUACAUGGCUGGGUUCGAUGAAGAUAAGUGGAAAAAGUGCCUCGGUCGGUUGGGUUUGGCUUUAUUAGCAAGGAUGCACGGAAAUAUGGGAGUUAAGUUUAAUCAAUGUGUCUAUGCAAUUGGUGAUUGUGUUGCCAUCUGUUUAACGAUCUGUUGUUUCAUCCAAGUCUUCGGAGGGGGGGAGCAUGCAGGGACGAGUCUACGAGACAUGGGAGUUCUGUGCUGUUCUUACAUGGUAGCUUACGGGAUGCAGCCAUGACUUUAGG